AUGUCCUCCAAAGAUCCAGUCACGCUUAUGGCGAUGUGGGGCUCGAUGAAGGACUACAAUCCCGAUCAGGGGUUUAGUUUUGAGGGGCCAGAGAAGCGUUUGGAGGUGAUCAUCCGUUUUCUUCCCGAAACGCAUCCCGACGGCUUGUACAGCCUUGAGGAUGACGUGUGGGCCCGCGUGGUGGGCACCCUGAAUGCUCAAAUCGUUUCAAAGGAGAACAAUGCGCAUAUCAAAAGCUACGUUCUUACGGAGAGCUCACUUUUUGUGAUGAGGAACCGCAUCAUUCUCAUCACGUGCGGGACGACGACCCUGCUAAACAGUAUUCCGGAGAUUCUCAAGGCCAUCAGCGCGGUCCGCGCGGAGCUGGAGUGGGCGUCCUUCAUGCACAAGAACUAUUCCUUCCCCUGGGAGCAGCGCGGCCCGCACACCUCCCUCUCAGGCGAGAUCGCCACCCUCAAGAGCCACUUCCCCACGGGCAAGACCUACAUCCUCGGGCCCGUUGACAGCGACCACUACUUCUUCUUCUGCUACGACGACGUCAUUCGGCCGUACAGCAACGAGGACGAUACGCAGCUGAACAUGACCAUGUACGGCCUUGACAAGGAGCAGACGAAGUACUGGUUUAGCGAUCGCUUCAUCUCGACGAGCGCGGAGACGGCGGCGAUACGUGCGGCGACGCACCUUGAUCGUCUGGUCGACGAAACGUGGACGUUUCACGACCUGCAGUUCGAGCCCUGUGGCUAUAGCGUGAACGCCUUGCGGGAGGGGGAGUACCAGACCAUCCACAUCACCCCCGAACACCACUGCUCCUUCGCCUCCUACGAGACGAACUGCCAUGAUUCGAAUUACGCAGAUCGAAUAAAAAACGUGCUGAGCGUCUUUCGACCGCAACGGUUUACCGUGCUCGUCUUCCUCGACCCCGAGAGCGCCGUCGGGAAGGCGUAUCAUGACACCCACUCCAUCGGCGUCGAGCCGGAGUACUUCACGGAAUAUGAAGUUUUCAAUCGAACGGUGAAUGAGUUUACGCCUGGCUAUGUGGCAAUGAAAAUCAACUACGUGAGGUCGAUGGCCGUAGAAGAUGCAAUGAAGCAAACCACGUAA